AUGUCUGGCCGAUUCGUGUCUGGCGGCACAAUCGGCGCCGGCGACACAGAGACUGUCGACGACGGCUCUGCAGCUCCCGCGCCGGCCAGAGCGGCCAGCAAGUUGGCCGAAUGGGAAAAGGUGCAGCAACAGCUCGAGGCCGACCGGCAGCGGCGCCACGACGCGCGCGUCAAGGCGGCUUCGGGUGAGGAGCGCAGCCUGUACGAUGUGCUGCAGGCCAACAAGGCGGCCAAGGAAGCCGCCGCGGCGGAGGCGUCGAAGCUGACGAACCAGUUCCGGGCGCUGGACGACGACGAGGUGGAGUUUCUGGACGAGGUGGCGGCCCGGCAGCGGCAGGCCGAGGAGAGCGUGCGGCGGGAGACGGAGGAAGGACUCAAGGCGUUUCGGGCGGCGACGCGCAAGAAGGUCGAGAAGGAGGGAGUCGGGAUAGAUGGAGAGGGGCAGGGGGAGGAAGAGGAGUGGGGGACGAGGAAGAGAAAGAGACGGACGGAGAGGGAUGCUGGAUUAGGCGUCGCGAAGAGGAAAGUGAGCGUUGGAGAGGAGGGGAAGAAGACGAAGGACGAAAAGAAGAAUGAGGAUGGUAAUGAAGGGAAGAAGCAGGCGGAGCCAGUAAAGAAGACGGAGAAGAAUGAGGAUGAAGAGAAACCGAAGAAGACGGCGCUAGCAUUGGUUGAUUAUGGCUCGGAUAGCGAUGAAUGA